GUGGUAUGUUUCUUGUCACGGUGAUGCCACUUCCGUUACAGCACUUGAAUGGUUUCUGUAUUCGCCCGGGACAAGCUCGCUUCUGAUUUCUCUUUUUACCCGCUAAAACCUUCAAACGACGCACUAAACUCUUUACGAGAUGUCGUUGCUUGUUUUGGACGCAAGAGAUACCUACAUCGAUGAGGAAACCGGCGAAGAAAUUGAAGCAACGCUUAUGAAUUUCAAGCCUGUGGCAUUCUGCUCUGCUGCAGAGGACGCCGUGUUAAACGAGCUUGAAUUUGAAAGCAACAGCAUGCCAAGGAUAGAGCAAGAAACCAGUCUGCCGCAGUUGAUAGAGCUGAAAACUGUAAAGAAAGAAGAAGAUUCAACGCUUGAUUUAAAGACUGUUUUGGGAGAUCUCAAGGACAGCGUCGAGGAAAAAGUCGACAUUGAUGGUGUCAGCAAAGGGGAUGGGGAGAUGCCGAUUAUGAAUUCCAAACCUGAGGCACUCCGUUCUGCUAAAGAUUAUAAUGAGGAUGCUGUUCUAUGCAAGUCUGACUUGAAUAACAACAACAUACUAGAGAUAAAGCAAGAAGUAAAAGAAGAGAGUAUAGUUUUUUAUGCAUGUAAAGCUACUCUCAAACACGAAACCGGCCUGUCGCAGCUGAUAGAGUUAAAAACCAUUAAAGAAGAGGAGGUCACGCUUGAUCUACAGGAGGUGCUAGGAGAUCUAAAGAAAAGCGACUACGAGUCAGAUGAAGACGUCGAUAUUGAUGAUGUCAGUGAAGGGGGCGUGACGAAAAAGCAAAUCCAAUCCAAUGAGAUUAGUCACAAGAAGUACGUCUGCUCGACCUGUGGGAAACAGUAUAAACAAUCUGGUCACAUGAGGAGGCACGAGCGUUCCCAUGAACAUGGGCAUUCGGAUAAGGGCAAAAGUGACACUAGACACCAUUGCUCCAUUUGCCAAGAGACCUUUACGAGGCACGAAAGUCUAAAACGACACGUUAAAAAACUACACACAAAUGGGGAGACCAUUGGAGGGCAAAAGGCGCCAACUGAGUUCAAACAUAAAUGCACCUUGUGUGGAAAAAAGUUCAAAGAACCCCAAAGUCUUCCAAGACAUAUUCGCCUCACCCACGAAGGUGAAAAGAGCUUCAAAUGCGACAAGUGUGAUAAGCGGUUCACUCAAGGAAGCGGUUUGCAACGGCAUAUGCUGAUUCACGAGGAAAAAAAGUUCGAGUGUAAAAAUUGUGGGAAGACGUUUGCGAGAUCGUUUGUGCUGAGAAGGCAUUUGCUCACACACACUGAUGACAAGCCGUAUAAAUGUUUUGUUUGUAGUAAGGGAUUUAUACGCGCGUCACAGCUCAGUGAUCAUGUUUGGAACCAUCGAAAAGACGAUAGAAAGUUGCCAUUGUCCGGCCCACUAGCGUCCAUCUAAGCAGGCCCUUUCCAAACAACUUUUUCACAUCUUUGAGUUUAUGAUUUCUUCUUAGGAUAACAUUUAAACAGAAUAACAAAAUUAUAUAUAUAUAUAUAUUCUUUUUUUUUUUAUUCAUCAUAUUUGUAAUUUUGUUAUUCUGUUUAAAUGAGUGAGUGCAGGCGUUCAUAAAACAGUGCUCAAUACAUAGGUGUAGAGCGGGGUAUAUCUUGGUUUGUAGGGAAAAAAAACACGCGAACUACCGUUUCAUCUCUACAAGCCUGUUUCGUGGUUGCCCACUCAUCAUAUUCUUAAUAAAUCUCCUGAUGAGUGGCAACCACGAAACAGGCUUGACUCGACUUUAAUAAGACUUCUUCAGGGCAUACUCAAGAAGGGCAGACGACAAUUUGGAGUCCAAUUCCAGUUUUUGGUGUAUUAUAUUGUUUUUCUUUUGUAUGAACAUGUUCCUAGCAUGUUACAAUUUGAUUGAAAUCUCAGGCUGAACACUUUUGUAAAAGGUUUCAUAUAAAACAAAAAAAGAGUGUACACAUACAAGAUGCUAUUUAACCGCAAUUUAUUUUUCUGAUUUUAAGCGAACAGGUACGAGUUAUUAAGUUUAGCAGUAUCUAUCAAGAAGUAUAUUUUUUUACAACGAAGGAAUUUAUAUUCUAAAUAAAAAAAACGUUUAAACAUUU